AUGCCCAUCGAUCCCGAAGACGUUGGCAAGACCCUCGGUCUCAAGCAACUCUACAGUGGCAGCGAGGACAUUCAUGGUCGCUACCAGUGGACCACCGAACUUCCCAAAGACCUCGAAGUCCCCGGAGAAGAUGCAGACUCCGCCAAGUGGGCUCUGAUCCUGAGGCGCACAAAGGCCUACUUCGACUCGCAGAAGACGCUCGAGCUCCAUUCCAUCGUCGUCCAGAGCCCAUACCUCCGCGAGUUGCUUGGCGAGAUUCUCGCCGACUAUCCUGGCGUCACCACCACCCUCAAGCGCCUCGAGUUCAAAGGCCGCUUUGAGCCUCUCAUCCACCGCUGGAGUCAGCUGAAGACCGCCAUCACCCAGCUCAAAGUCGAACAGAGCAAACGCAGCGACCCUUCGCCCUCCGACUGCGCCCGUAUCGAGCACGCCGAGCUCCUCGACAAUGUGCUCACCAAGGAAUUCAGCGACGUCCUCGCCUCCAUCAAUGACAUGCACGACAACGGCGUCGUCACCUACGAACACCUCUGGGCGCUCCUCGAGCCCAACUCCCUCAUCUACACAAAGCAUGACAGUCAGGACCGCGCAAUGCAUGUGAAGAGCUGCAAGUACGGCAAAGACCCAAUGACCAAUGCCGAUUACUUGUAUGUGACGGCCAAUUUCGUCGACUUCGACGGACAGCGCUUCGGCAUGAACCGACUGACCCUCAAGAUUGCCGAGUUUGAAGGUACACAACCCAUCACUGCGCUUCCUGCGUACCCACUGCAGUACCACGAGGACUCAGAACAACUACAAAAGAGCCUCAUCGAGCGCGGAGGUCGUGUGGAAGAUUUCGCAAGCCCAUCAUUCUGUCAAUACAGCGGUGUUGGCUGGACACUCGAUCACAACGGAAACAAGGUCCAAAUGAGCGUCCAAGGCCGUGUGGUCAUCGACGCCGGAGGGUUCAACAAGUUCAACCCGAACCUCGCCGUGCAUGUCUCUCCGUUCAAGGAUUCGACUACCGAUGCGGGCAACGAUCCAUUCCUCGAGGAGGUUGAGCAGCAAGCCAACUAUGGUGCCGUCAUCUUCUCCGACAACCACGACGCUGGCAACAUGCCCAUCGAUGGCUCUCUCGGCAACGACGUAGAUGUCAGCGACCUCCCUCCACUCACCGACGAGCAAAAGAUGCUGCUUGGUCCGGAGAUCCGCGGCUACGCUCUGAAGGAGAAAAUGUGGCUGACCUUCUUCGUCAACGCCGUGUCCGACAUCAGCUUCAGUGAAGGCGCAUUCGAUAGCCUCAUCCUUCCCGACAACCUGAAAGACCUCGUCUUGAGCUUCACCUCCAGCCAGAACCACAACUUCGACGAUGUCAUCCGUGGCAAAGGCAAAGGCAUCAUCUUCCUGUUGUGUGGUCCACCCGGCGUCGGCAAGACUCUCACCGCCGAGUCCGUGGCCGAGCGCAUGCAAGUCCCGCUGUAUGUGAUGUCGUCCGGCGAUCUCGGCACCGACCCCAGCGCCGUCGACCACAAGCUCCGCAACGUGCUCGAGAUGUGCACCCGCUGGAAUGCCAUCCUCCUCCUGGACGAAGCCGACGUCUUCCUCGAGAAGCGCAGCCUCCACGAGCUCGAGCGCAACAAGCUCGUCACCAUCUUCCUGCGGGUGAUGGAGUACUAUGAGGGCAUCAUGUUCUUGACCACCAAUCGUGUGGAGACUUUCGACCAAGCCUUCCAGUCCCGCAUCCACAUCCAGCUGGAGUACAAGGACCUCGACGCCGCCUCCCGCCUCUCCGUCUGGAACAACUUCCUCACCUCCCACAACGCCGCCCAAGCCGCCGCCCGCCUCUCCCCUCCUCCCAAGGCUCCCACCACCGCCGCCAACGAGGUGCGCAAGCUGGCGGAGUUGGCGAUCAACGGCCGGGAGAUCAAGACCCUGGUGAAGUUGGCCGCCAUCUACGCGGCGUACAAGAAGGAGGCGCUGAGCAAGGCUCACCUCGCGACGGCGGUGGAGACCCAGUUCUUGGGCAACUCCCGUCGCGAGAGUGAGUCGGCGAGGGGAGCGCUGUUCGCUUGA